AUGCCAGUAAAAUGUUGUUUCUACAGGUCACCAACGACUGAGGCAAUAGUGUGGUCUGAAAAUAUGGACAUACUUUUAACAAACCAAGCUGGUCUAGAUGCUUUUCGAACAUUUCUAAAGUCAGAGUUUAGUGAAGAGAAUGUUGAGUUCUGGCUUGCCUGUGAAGACUUCAAGAAAACAGAAAGUGCAGAAAAAAUUGCUUCUAAAGCCAAGAUGAUUUAUUCUGAAUUCAUUGAAACCAAUGCCCCUAAAGAGAUUAACAUUGACUUCAGUACCAGGGAUCUCAUCUCAAAGAAUAUUGCAGAACCAACUCUCAAAUGUUUUGAUGAGGCCCAGCAGUUAAUCUAUAGUCUCAUGGCCAAGGAUUCUUUCCCUCGAUUUCUAAAGUCAGAGAUUUACAAGAAACUGGUAAAUAGCAAACAGGUUGGAAAUCAUAAAAAAUGGCUUCCUUUCUUGUAA